GUCGAGUUCCGGUGUGGAAGAGGGGGCAUGCUCGGGUGCCGCUUUGUGAAUGGAGGGCGGAGAAAGUGAUUGGAGGGAAAAACUUGGAGGAAGUCAACGAAGGUAUAAAGACCACCAGAAGGUGCUGCAUUAAGACAGACUAUUCAGCUCUCUAAAAAACACAUAUCUUUUCCAUCUUUAACCAUCACCAUGUUCUGGAACCUCCUCAUCGCCUCUUUCUUCAUAGGCUCAGCCUGUGCAAUGCAUCUGGAGUACCUGAAAGUUGACUCUGCCGAGGAACUCCUCGUUGGGACUUUGGAUUCUGUUGAUCAGGAUGAGGAUUUGCCAAUGCCUGAGGAACAGCUUCCUGGUGUGUGCUGGAUUUGUAAGUGGGUCAUGAAGAAAGUGAAAAAACAUCUUGGUAAUCGUGAAAAUGCAGAACAGAUUAAAGAAAAACUGAAGAGAGGCUGUGACAAAAUCGGAUUCCUGAAAGAUCAGUGCAAGAAAAUCGUUGAUAAAAACAUUGAUAUCUUGGUGGAGGAGCUUUCUACUGAUGACGAUCCCAAAACAAUCUGUGCUAAUAUUGGUGUUUGCAAGUCGGUGGGCAUGCUGGAGUUGAUCCAAGGAUUUCCACAAAUCUACCAGAAGCUCUGAAGGAGCACAUGGCAACUCCAGAAUGGCAAGAAAUGAAUUAAACUGGGAAUAAGUGUUUAAAAUAUAAAUACUUGCAAAUCAUUCUGUGCUAAUAAAAUAUUUGAA